AUUCUCUUCUGUCCAGUGCUGCUACUCUAUGGUUUCUGUAGUUCUCAGGAAGUGGAAAUGUGCGACCCCGGAAAGAAAUGGAGACCUGGGAAAAGUAGUAGAAGAGAGGCCCGGACAGUCGGUACGGCGGGAACGGCGCGGUGUUCAUCGCUGAGGAUGUCCUUCAGAGAUGAGAGUAGCUGAUGUGUUUGAUGUGCCCGUCAUUCAUUUCCGCAAGGGAUUUAAAAAAAAGACCAUUAAAAGAUGUAUGAUAAGAAGUGGCCAUCAGAAGAGGAUUCAUCUGCUUCAAUACAAGUUGUCGAUAGGAAAGGUGAAACAAGUUAUGUUAAGGUAGAGAGCAGCAGCAGUGAAAAUGCUCAGAAUGCAGAGCAGUCGGGAAACAGUAUACCUCCUGGGCACUACAGACAGGGAUAUUGCAGUUGCUGCCAAGUACAUUAUAUUAACCUAGUAGAGCAUCUUGCAAGUGACAAUCACAGACAGCUAUCUAUAUGCAACAGGAACCGUUUGGGAACCAACAUGUUAAUGGAGCGUUUCCUGCAGGAUGUACACCAGUAUCACCCUCAGAAUUAUCAUGAUACAAGACCAACAUAUGAUGAUAUACCAGAAACAAAACUACUUUCUUGUACUAAAGAAGACCAGCUUUGUAGUGCAUCUUUUCAAACACAAACAAGUGAACCUCCUUCUUCCAUGGUACUAAGUCAAAGCCUGGGCAUGAACAAUGCGUGUGGAGAUGGUCUAAAGUACAAUUACGGGAAAAUGGCAUUCACACAGUCGCAUGACAGAAAUCCUGAACAGGGGCACAGUUCUAGAAGUGCUGCACCUCAUCAAAGCAUUCUAAAUUUUAACAGUAAAUUAACUAGUUGCUCACAAUCAGAAGGUAAAGCAGUAUAUGUUGGGACGCACCUCUGUCAAUUUAACACUAUACCUUUGGAUUCCGCUAGCCAUGAGAUUGUAAAAAACAAUAAUUUUGUAACACCUCAUUCUUUAUUAUGUGGAGAAUCAAGUAAAAAUAAAGAGACAAAUUAUAGAAAGGGAAAGAGGUAUUCUGGGCUUAAUGUAACCGCAUGUUCUACAACUGGUUUACAAAACAAACAACUUCAUUCCCAAGGCAGCUGUUAUGACAUGACCUCAGGAACAUUAUGUGGAGUCAAAAACACAUCUCAGGAGGAGAAAGACAAUAUUCUCAGGGAUUAUCUGGUGGACAAAAAGCAAAGAGAUGCUACUGGUAAAUGUGGUAGAUUUAAAUCCCUUAAAGACAAAGAGAUUAAUUUAGUAAGAGGUAAUAAAACAACCGUGGAUGACAUAAUUGAUCAAGUCAUAUGGAAAUACUGCCAUGAAUCCUCAUCAGGGAUGUUACAAGAAGGAGAUAAAGAAAGUAUUUUAUCUUUAAAUGUUCAGUCAAUUAUUAAUUACACAGAUGCAUCGAGUCUAAGUUUUGAUUUACCACUUAAAUUUGAAGAAGAACAUUCAAAGAUUGAUUUAGAUGUUCUCAAGGAGUCCAGUGUAAAUGUGGAUGAAGACUACAAGUCAAAAUUAAAAUCUGUCCUAAGAACAAGCCCACUUACAGAAAAUGUUAUAAAGUCUGACCCUGAGGAAGAAAUUCUUCUAGCACUGCCUCAUGUGCCUCCAUCUUUUGUUGGUAAAACCUGGUCACAAGUUAUGCAUGAAGAUGAUUUAAAGAUAGAAGCUCUUGUAAAGCAGUUUAGAAAAGGAAAGUUCCAUUGUUACUUUGAAGAUGCCCCUUUUAAAAAUUCUGGUUGCAAGAGGCAUCGUAAGAAUAGAGAAACAGAAAACAAAUGUGAAUUAAAGAUUGAAGACUUAAAGGAAUCUGAAAGCUUUGAUGUGCUACCAUUAUUAGAUCAUCAUUCUGAUAUUGACAGUAUUAAGUCAGAAAAACCACUGCAACCCAAGCUCCCUACACCCUGUAAACGAACAUGGAGACAAGCUUCAAGAUGCCAGGUUGUUAAAGUGAGCCAUGCCACUCAGACAAGUUUGGUAAAUUUUCCUGUAGUGAAAAAGAAAGUCCUGAAAAAUGAACAACAAGGAGUUUUUGAUUUUGUGGAAGAGAAGACACCGGACAUGAAAACUCGAAUGUGUGCUUUAAAACUUCCAAAAUCUUACACCAAAAUAUUAACUCCUUUACAACCUAAGACUAUGGUCUAUGUCCUUUCUCACCCAGAUGUAAAACCAAGUACUGGUAAAGCAGCUUCUGUCUAUAGUAGAGGUCGUAAUAAAUGCUCUACUGAUAGUAGGGACUCUGUAUUGUACACAUAUAAGCAAUCCACUCUGAAGUAUUAUGAUCCUUUAACUAAUCGCAUCCUUAAAACACCACCAAGAAACUUAAUGCGAGGAAUGGGUAUUAAGAAAUCUUGUGUUCGCAAGCUGUUUCGUACACUAAGUAGUGAUGUGAAUGUUGAUAAGCAAGAUUUUGAGCAGAAAGAAUCCAGUAUUUCUAAAAAGUCUUUAAGUAGUUGUUCUGUUGGCUCUUUACAACUUGAAUCAAGCAAAGGAAAAGGUAUAAAUUCAAGCAUUAAGGGUUGUGGAUCAUCAGUCAGCACAGAACUUAUUGGUACAGCUGGUGUGAAAUCUGAUAAGCCAUAUGCAAAUUUUUCUCUUUCCCCCUUCAAUACCAGUUUCUCUCAAGCGACGGAGGAUAUUCAGCAUAGUUCCAUGAUUACAAAAUCUAUUGCAAAAUCAUUAAAACCAAAGAAGGUUAUACUAAGAGAGUCUUCUAAAUCCUCAACAAGGAUAACCAGGGCAAGAAUAGAACCGAGAGUGGUCAGAAAAGCCAAGGAUAAUCCCCACAGAAUGGUUAAAAAACUAGCACAAGGAAAAGCUACAAGCAAUAAGCAGCCACGUAAAAAAUCUUCUGUAGAAGUUGCAAAAUCAAACAGGGGAAUUGUUCAGACUUUUGAGACCAGUAAGAAACUUAGAGACCGGAGUAGUCAGCAGUCUGCUGGGAAACAUGAAAAAGUUCUUGUAAAAUCACAGUUUGUUCCACAAAAGCCUGAAAAAAAAAAGGCAAACAUAUCUAAAGCGGUGUCAAAAAAGAAUACUCAGAUAAAAUACCAAGACAAAAUUGUUAGAAGAAGCCGUAGAAAAGUCUCUGAGGGUCUUGUACAUAGCACCAUAAACUAUCUGAGGAGUAGGCACAAAGCUUCAACCACUGAUUCUAAUUCGAGGACGAAAAGAAUGACAAGGAGAACAAUGACGUGAAAUACUGUUGGACAUCUAUAUUAAUAAACUUCCAAAACACUAUAACACUGUUUGCUGGAAAACGGGUUUAUUUUUUUAUAAAUUAAAAAAAAAAUUAGCUUAUUUCAAAGUUAUUUUACACAUUUCCAUUUUUAUAAAUCUGUACUGUAUAAUAAUAGAUAUGUUUAUUUUAUAAAGCUGUGUUAACUAAAAUAUUAUAAAUGCUCGUGUGUCCUUGAAUUGCGUAUUUUAAGCCAGGUCAGUAUAUAGAACAAAUGUAUAGCUUAUCCCUGUGAAGAAAACACAUAUUUGAAACUUCAUAAAUAGAAUCUGUGGCCUCAACCUAAAUUGUCAGCCAUUAUUCAGGUGCUUUUUAUUACCUUUUUUUUUAGACAUUUAACUGGGCGCUUGCCACUAAUCAUUAUCAACAAGGAGAAUCAUUAGGAUCACACCCCUUAGACAACUGAACACAGAUGACCUCUUACAGUCUAUGGACAUUGUUGCAGUCUAUGGACUGUGUCCGUUGCUCUGAGUGUUGUGAGCCUGAGACCUUACCCCUACCCAAAUCAGUAGAGGUGGUGACUUUAUGUGUAGGGUGAUGGCUGAGAUUUGUGGUCAAAGAUAUUCUUUCAUUUACAAUUCAGUAAUAUAAUUGUAUCAUGUCAGUUGCUCGCUUUGGCCAUAGCAACCAUAGCUCAGCUUUCAUAUGGAUUACUCCGCUGCCCCAGCGUUCGGAAUAUUUUGUGCUGAACGCUUGAAGUGGGCGGCAGGGGUCGUGAGAUCACGGCCACGCCCCCUCUCAUAGGCUUGCAUUAAGGGGGCAUGGCGUGAUGGCACGAGGGGCGUGGCUGUAACUUCACCACCCCUGCCGCCCACUCCAGUUGUUCGAAAUGAACACCCCCCCCCCCUCCGUGAUCAGACAUCCCCUAUAUAAGAUAAGAUGUCUAGGGGCAGAGUACCCCUUUAAUAAGCUCUGGUAAAAUGAAAGCUGAGCUGUAAUUGGUUGCUAUGGGAAAAACAGACCGUUUUUGUUUCAGCAGAUUGAUAAAUGUGGGUCUUUUUGUAAUUUGAAGGAUUGUUCCAAACAUAUCAAAAAAAUUAUUUUGGGCUUGGGGUGCUUUCAAAAUGGAAAAUAAACCAUACUAGCCUGCCCCAAUUUCCCACAGCUACCAUUUUGACAAUUCUGCUCCCUACUUCCUCUGAUGUGUCCCGAAGAAAGUGCGUGCUCAGCCAAUCAGUGGCUGUAAAAGUGCAGCAGGCUUUUCCUACAGGAAGCAGUCAGCAGCAGUAACCAAGAGCUGAAUUAGGGCAGGUUUCUUUUUUUAAUUUUGAAACUCAAUAUAAAGUAAAAAAUAAAAAAUAAAUAAUAUGCCCAGAAUAACCCUUUAUUAUUUUCUAUGGUUUCCCUAAAUAUUAGAUUGAUUUUAGCAGGGAUCCAAAUUAUAGGCCAUUGAAGCUUAGACUGUAACUUGUCUCUUGUUUAUGUGGAAUGGGCUGUUCUAAAGCAAAAGUUUUGUGUUUUUAUUUGAAACUAAUUUUGCCCAUAACUAUGAUUAUAUUCUGGGGAACCACAGUAAGUAAAGCCCUUUGAGGGAGCUUGUACUUGGGUCCAUUUUUCCUACAGUUGCUUAAGUAAAUUAUUUUAAAGUUUAUUCUCACUGAAAAUGAAAUGUCAAAUAGACAUUAACACAUGUAUGACAAUAUAAACUUAAUUUAGAGCCUCACUCUCAUUUGAAUGUGUCCAGACAUGUCAAAAGUUUAGAUCGCACUGGGUCUCAGUGCAGAGGUCUGCUGUGAUCAUAAGUUAUAACUGGGUGUAUCGCAUGACAGCACAUUAAAGUGCAUCAGUGGGUUUGGCAAGCCAGGGAGUAAAGCACGUGUACUUCACCUGCUCAUGAUCGCAGUGGGUCUUAGAACUGGGACCUAACUAAGUCUAACCUUUUGACAUGUCUGGACAACAUAUUAAAAAUGUAUGCAAAUUAUAUGAAAAGCUUUAACAAAACACCAGCCUUCAACAGGCUUCCAGUAAAAAAGGAGAUCUUACCCAUAUAGUGCCUUUGGAAAGUUUUCAGACCCUCCAAUUAUUCUGCCCUCAAUACACCAUUUAGAGCCUUUACAAAGCUUGCACACCUGGAUUUAGGGAGUUUCUGCCAUUGUUGUCUGCAGAUCCUGAGGUCAGGUUGGAUGGGGACCAUCGGUGGAAGUAAUUUUCAUGUCUUUCCAGAGAUGUUUGAUUCGGGUUAAGUUAGGGUUCUGGCAGGGCCACUCAAGGACAUUCACAGAGUUGUCCCUAAGCCACUUCUGUGUUGUCUUGGCUGUGUGCUUAGGGUCAUUGUCUUGUUGGAAUGUAAACAUUUGGCCCAGUAUGAGGUGCAGAGAAUUCAUGGGAUAGGCAUAAGACUAUACUAAAUAUAAGAUAGGGCCAGGUACUAUUCAUUGUAUUCAGGAUAUUGGGCAGACUAGAUGGGCUGAAUGAUUAUUAUCUGCCGACACAUUCUAUGUUUCUAUGGAUAAUGUUUUCAUGAAUAAUAUCUCUGUACUCUGCUCUAUUCAGCUUUACCUCAACCCUGACCAAUCUCUGUCCCAGCCCUUGAAAAACACCCCCAUCGCAUGAUGCCGCUACAAUACUUCACUGUAGGGAUGGUAUUGGGCAGGUGAUGAGCAGUGACUGGUUUCCUCUGGAGAUGACACUUCAGGUACAUUCACACUGAGAAUUUUCAGCAGGACUAAUUCCAGGAAGAGAUCCUCAGUGCAGUAGGCGCCACCAGUACAGACCAUUCAGACCUUCACUUUCUCUAUUGACUGCAAUGCAGUGUACACUAAAUUAUGCAGAGGAAUAAUGCACAGCACAAUUCCACUGAAAAAAUUCAUUGACCGCUAUGGGAGGCUGCUGUAAAGUGGAUUCUGCCUGGAGUUUCAAGCAGAAAUUUUCAUUGUGAAGUGGCCCGAUUUUGGUUUCAUCAGACCUGAAAUUCUUGUGUCUCACAGUUUCAGAAUCAUUUAAGUGCUUAUUUACAAACACCAGGUGGGCUUUUUGUGUCUUUUACUGAGGAGAGGCUUCUUUCUGGUGACUCUGCCAUAAAGCCCAGAUUGGUAGAGUGCUGCAGUGAUGUUGACCUUCUUGAAGUUUUCCUAUCUGAACACAGCAUCUUUGGAGCUCAGCGAGAGUGAAUGUGGGGUUCUUGGUCAUCUCUUAGUUUGGUGGGGCGUACAUUACUAGGACGCGUCCUGAUUGUUUCAACCCUCUUCCAUUUAAGAAUUAUGGAGGCCCCUGUGCUCUUGGGAACUUUUGCUCUGAUAUACAUUGCCGGCUGUGAGAUUUAUAUAGACAGGGCUUUGUCUUUCCAAAUAAUGUCCAAUUGUCUGAAUUUACCACAGGUGACUCUGAUUAAAG